AGGAGACAGAGGAGAUGUCAGUUAAGAAAACAUCUGUUGAGAAACCAUCUGUAAAGAAAAAGAAAAGAAAAGAAAACGGAAAUAUAAACAGGUUAGUUCUGAGACUGAGAGUCCAGAACCUAAGAAAAAUGGAAAGGCGAUGAAAGCCCCAGACAGUGAUCACAAACCCCUGAAGCUUGUGAUUAAGAGAAAAGGCAGCGGCUUGGAGAAUGACACGGAGGGAGGAAGGCGGUGGACUGUGGCUCAGAAACACCACAGCGAUUCUUCCGAUUCUGAGUUUGAAUCCGAUGACGAGAAAUCACUGAAAAAACUUGUAAAUGGCAGUGGUGUUGCAGGUGGUUACGAAAGAGUGUUACCCAUAAGAAUUGGGUUAAAUAAUUCAGGAAGUGAUGGUUUUGGUGUUCAAAUUAAGGAGGCUUCUAAAGGAAAGCAUAGGAUGAGAAAAACUUCAAAGAAAUCGAAACGAAAAGGGAAACAGUUUGAUAUGUCAGUGUCAGAAGAGGAGGUGUUCAGGGGUGGGAAAGGCAAGAAAUGGGCUAAAAUUGAUAGUGACAGUGAAUAUGAAGUAAUCCCAGUUGCAGCAGCGUCAGACGACAGUGUUUGUGUUUCGCCACAGAAGAGUGAGAGUGAGAUGGAUGCCACUCCUUCAAAGUCUACAAGCUGUAGAACGUUCUCAGAAGAUAGUGUGAAUGAGUCUAGCUUAAGUGUUAUGAAGUCAGUUAGCCCUAUAAAAUCAAAACGAAGUCCGUCAAAAAAGGCGGGAAAAACGAAAACGUCAGAUUCAGAGGAGGAAUUUGUACAUGUCAGUGAGGCGGAGUCUGACUGUGUUUUUCUGGAGGAUAGUGCGAGAAGCUUUGACAUAUUAAAGUCAAAGAAACUGAUAAUCAAAUCAAGCAGUGUGUCUUCAAGGUCAAGUAGUGUGUCAAGGAGAGAGAACUCUGAUAAUGACAGUUGUGGAUUGUCGGACGUCAGCAGCAUUAAUCAAACCCACGGUAGUGUUAUAAACUCUGUACAGGGUGACAGUGAUGCGGGCUCUAACGUCAGUGCUGGAAAGAAGGGUGUGUGGGGAACUGGGUUUUCUACGCCAAAGCAAGGAUCAGAGGUUGACAGUGAUGACAGCUCGAGUUCUGUAGUAAAACCGCCUUCCGUGGUGUCAGUAGAGGUGAGGUCUGAAGACAGCAUGUCCUCGAUUGAAGCAGUCAACGUGCAUCAGUCUAAUAACAAAGCAGCAGGCAAAUCCAAGGUGUCAGUAGAGGUGAGGUCUGAAGACAGCAUGUCCUCGAUUGAAGCAGUCAACGUACAUCAGUCUAAUAACAAAGCAGCAGGCAAAUCCAAGGGGUCAGUAGAGGUGAGGUCUGAAGACAGCAUGUCCUCGAUUGAAGCAGUCAACGUGCAUCAGUCUAAUAACAAAGCAGCAGGCAAAUCCAAGGUGUCAGUAGAGGUGAGGUCUGAAGACAGCAUGUCCUCGAUUGAAGCAGUCAACGUGCAUCAGUCUAAUAACAAAGCAGCAGGCAAAUCCAAGACGAAGAGCGGGAGAGGUGCCUCACAGCUGACCCAGCUGAGGAAGAUCUGUCGGUGUGCAGGGAUCAUCCUGCGGAACUCUGUGGAGCUCCUGGGUUGCGACACAGAUGCUGCUAAGAUCUAUAAGAUCAAGGAAAUCCUGCGCUCAAGGGGGAUGCAAGGAGCCCCAAGUAUGAAGAAGGCAGAGAUUCUGAAGCUGAAGAAAGAGGCAGCUGAGCUGGAUACAGAUAACAUCAUCUCAGAAUCCGGUCGUGCGCCAAGACGGAAGGUGCAGAGUCGCUACAAGAAGCGUGGCCUGACCCCGAGUCCGUCUCCACAGAAGAAGAUGACCCCCCUGAAGAUGAGGCUAGCUGGGCUGAAGGGCAUCAUCGACAGUGAGGGAUCAGAUAGCGACUGACCAUCUUGGUAACCAUGGCAACUACACAUGGCAGACGAACAUUAACAUGAAUCUCCCAGGCUCUAAGACUUCAUGACUCCAGGCUAGGGCAUUGGAGGACUUGGAUCUCUGGAUGAGAUUAUCUUCAAUAUUGUGUCGCUGGGUCUUCCUGGAGAAUUGUCAGCACUAACGAUCUUCCUGACUCCUUCCAUGUGACCUUGUAUUUACAUACACUUUACAGUAUGAGAUGAAGUCGUUAUUAUGAAUACCUUACAACUGUUUUAGAUGUUGCUGUUCUGUGAUAGUGAUAGAACUGGUGACACAUUGGCCUGUUCCACAAAGUCAUCUUAGCGCUACGACUGUGGUAAAUGUAUGUUACGGUGUGGGGGUUACGGUCAUCUUAGCGCUAACAUUGCUUUGUACAAUGGGACCCUGUUCCACGAUGUCAUCUUUGUGCUAUGACUGUCGUCAGCCUACGUUGUCAAAUCUUAAGAUUAAUUUACUCUGAGCUGAAUGUGUGAGUCCUGUUCUAAGUGCCACACUCAUAGCUGCUUGAACUUGAAUACAGGCAGUGGAAAAGUCAUACUUGCUAAUAGACUUGAAAUAAAAGCCAGUCAGUUACUGAAGUUCGUAAUUUGUGCACCUAAGCACUAACAGUCUUCCUGCUCUUUAGAAUAGACUUACGACGGUCUUAGCUCCAGUCCUAUGUAACAGGCUUAAAUCCCUGUCAAUUAAGUUGAACUUACAACAGCGGCAGCUCCUGCUCUUUAGAAUAGACUUACGACCUUGCUAUCCCACAAUUCAUAACACUUUAUUGAUAAGGGCAUACUAGUGGAUGUAACUUCCUGGUGAACCCGUGCACAUGACCUUUGUAAAUCUAGUGGCUCUUUUCAUAAACAUAAGGGGCGGUGGGGUAGCCUAGUGGUUAAAGUGUUCGCUCGUCACGCCGAAGACCCGGGUUCGAU